UUUUUCUAUCAUAAGGACUCUGUCUGAUUGCAUAAGCUUCCUAGCCAGCCAUCUGCUUACGUUUGCUUUAAACAUUUUGUUCUGUUAAUAAUAUUGUUAUUUUUUUAACGACAUUGAUAUGAAAUAAACAACGCGUGUCAUUGUUGUGCUGUGUGGAGCACCAAUCAGCCACAGAUUGUCAUAAUGUUGGCCCGCAAAGGCCUUUUGCCUGAUGGUUUCCUGCUGACACGACUCGCCGAGGAUGCCACACAACCCAGUCGCAUCCGGCCAAAGUCACAGAGGGCACGUUUCAUCACCAAAAGCGGAUCGUGUAACGUAGCCCACAAGAAUAUACGAGAACAGGGCCGGUUUCUCCAAGAUGUUUUCACCACCAUGGUGGACCUGAAAUGGCAGCAUUCCCUGCUUAUCUUCACUUCGGCGUUCCUCUGCUCCUGGAUGCUCUUUGCCAUGGUUUGGUGGCUCUUAGCGUUCGCUCAUGGCGAUCUGGAGCCUCGAGAUCCCAACGAGCCCGGACCUGUGCCGUGUGUCACUUCCAUUCACUCCUUCACGUCUGCUUUUCUGUUCUCCAUUGAGGUGCAGGUGACUAUUGGUUUCGGAGGACGUAUGGUGACAGAGGAAUGUCCGCUGGCCAUCAUAGUCCUCAUUAUCCAGAACAUUUUGGGCCUGAUCAUCAACGCUAUCAUGCUGGGUUGCGUGUUCAUGAAGACGGCUCAAGCCAACCGGAGAGCAGAAACCCUCAUCUUCUCUCGUAACGCAGUCAUUGCACCACGGAACGGCCGACCAACGUUUAUGUUCCGCGUCGGGGAUUUGAGGAAGAGCAUGAUCAUCUCAGCCACAAUACAACUGCAGGUGAUUCGGCGGACAGUGACCGCGGAGGGUGAGGUGAUUCCUGUCUGUCAGCUCGAUAUCCAGGUGGAAAAUCCUCUCAGGAGCAACGGCAUAUUCCUCGUCUCUCCACUUAUAAUCAGCCACACCAUUGACAGAGGAAGUCCGCUGUACGAGGUCUCAGCACAGUCAAUGGCUACCGAAGACUUGGAGAUCAUUGUCAUUUUGGAAGGUGUUGUGGAGACCACCGGCAUCACAAUGCAGGCCCGCACAUCCUACACGCCAGAGGAAAUCUUGUGGGGUCGGCGUUUCGUCUCCAUUAUGACGGAGGAAGAUGGGCGUUACUCUGUCGACUACUCCAAAUUUGGAAACACCGUCCCUGUACGAAUGCCAGCCCUCAGCGCUAAGGAACUGGAUCAGACCAGGGGUGUGCAAGACAGCGGACCCCAUGAGGGUAAACCUCAAGGCUGGGGGCUGGUGAGGGCCGGACGAGGCGGGUACAGGAGGGGCGGUGGCCGGGCCUGCGAUGACACGGCAGCCAAGCCUUGGUACGUGCCGGCGGAGAGGGAAGAGGAGAAGAAGGGUCAUAAGAAAACGGUGAAACUUGAGGAAAUAGGCAGAGAGAUUGAAGAAGAGACGGUGGAGGACAUGAGCGAUUAGAACAAGAACAUUUAUUUGGUUUUGCAGGUAUGGAAGUAGAAAUAACAUAGCAGUUACUGGUAAAUAGUUUGCUUAAAGGGAUAGUUCUGUCAUUAUUUACUCCAAACUCAUAAGACUUGUAUAUUUACAGUGUCUUUAUAACAUUUUUGGAUCUUCUAAGUUUUGGUUACCUCAAAGGAGAGACAGAAAUCAUUCAGGUUUCAUUCAAAAUAGCUUAAUUGUUGUUUCGAAGAUUAACCAGAGUCUUAUGGGUUUGGAACAACAUGAGGGUGAGGAAAUUACAGUAUUUUCCUUUUUGCUGAACUAUCCCUUUAAUAGUUAAGCAUAUUAUAAAUAAUAGUCUCAAAUAGGUUUUAUACUACACAUGUUUUGUAAACUGUCAAAACAUGGACAGCUGUGGAAUUGUUUACGAUUACCUCUGAGAACUUCUUGUAGAACUUCUUUGUCCUUUCUGCCAGCAAUAUAAUGAACUUUAGGAUUGUUUUAACAGAACAUUGUGGUCUUGGCAUUACUAGUCAAGAUAUGGACCAUAAUUGGGUUAGACGUUGUAAUUCGUACAGUGAGAAUAAAAACCAUGCUGUGUGGGAUAGAAGUUCAGUCAAUACAGUCAAAUUGUGAAAUUAAACAUGACCAAUAAUCUUAACACUGUACAAACUAUUUAACAGACUGUUUUUCUAUCCACGACAGCUUUGUUUUUUAUUCACAUCAAAUUAAAUAUAGCACAUACCUCAAUUAAACUGCC